AACUUCCGCAGCGACAGCAGGGCAGGACAGGGCAGAGCUUCAUGGUGGCAAGUUCCAGUCUGUUGAUGAAAGACCAUGGACAGAAUACAUGUACCCCCUGUCGGCCCCAUGGACCUGCCGCUGUCCCUGCUGGAGAUGGGACGCUCAGGAAGGUUUGAGCUCAUCACACACCCGCUGCCUGACCAGCCGUUGCCUCCCCAGAGCACGCUUCCCCAUGGACUCCCACCCACCAGCCUGGGCCUGGAGAGAGAAGUGGAGAAACGGUUUCUGCAGGAUCCAGCCUGGCUGCCCAUCCAUGACACAGACUUUGCCUUUCAGAAGUUUCUCAAGGUGACUGAAAGGAAGGUUAAUGUCGACUCUUUGCUCAGCUGCGCCCCGUCUCCGCUUCACUCUGGGCUCUCAGUCGUCAGAGAUCCAACCACAGGGAUGCUGCUGGACUUCACAGAGGUUUUACUUGAAAACACUGGCCUGUCGGCCAAAAACUCGCUGUCACUGCAGCGUCAGCCUGGGCCUCCUUCUGAAAGCCUUCGGGGAAGCAACACUAACUACCCCUUCCUCCCCGGAGGAAUGGAGGAACUCACUCUGGACCAAAUUAAGACGAGAUCUGAGCAGGAGGAGGAAAUAAACUUUGAGAAAGAUUUACUAAAAAUCCCUCCUGGACUCAAAGCUGGGAUGGAUUUCUCUGACAAAGAUGCCAAAAUAGCAAAACCAGAGGUGAACCUCAUGUCUCUGCUGUCCACACUGGAAGACAUUCCUGAUCUUCAGCCUGAAGCAGAGGAGGAGGAUGACAAAGCAGGACAAGAGGCCGUCAAAAUUCCCAGGACUAACAGCCUGGAAGACCUGGGAAUAAAGGAUGCAGAGUCUUCUUGUUCCCAAACAGAGGCAGGAAAAACAGAGAAGUCAAAGCCAAAAGAGAACCCAGAGGAGAAAAAGAAAUGGGCCAUCCCUGUGGACAUUCUGUCACCCUGCGAGGAUUUCUACAAACGCAUCCCAAACCCGGCAUUCAAGUGGCCCUUUGAGUUGGACACUUUCCAGAAGCAGGCUGUGCUGAGGCUGGAGGCCCACGACUCCGUUUUUGUAGCCGCUCACACGUCGGCCGGCAAAACGGUGGUGGCUGAGUACGCCAUCGCUCUGUCCCAGAAACACAUGACAAGGACCAUCUACACGUCUCCCAUCAAAGCUCUGUCCAACCAGAAAUUCAGAGACUUUAAAACCACUUUUGGGGACGUGGGACUCCUGACCGGAGACGUCCAGCUCAGUCCCGAGUCUUCCUGUCUCAUCAUGACCACAGAGAUCCUCAGGUCGAUGUUGUACAACGGCUCAGAGGUCAUCAGAGACCUGGAGUGGGUCAUCUUCGAUGAGGUCCACUAUAUUAAUGAUGCUGAGAGAGGGGUGGUUUGGGAGGAAGUGCUGAUCAUGCUUCCAGAUCACGUCAGCAUCAUCCUGCUCAGCGCCACGGUGCCGAAUGCUUUGGAGUUCAGCGAGUGGAUCGGUCGUAUUAAGAAGAGGCACAUUUACGUGAUCAGCACCAUGAAGCGGCCCGUACCUUUGGAGCAUUACCUGUACACUGGAAACAGCACCAAGACCCAGAAGGAGAUGUUCCUGCUGGUGGACGCUGCAGGAAACUUCCUCACCAAAGGCUACUACAACGCUGUCGAUACAAAGAAGGAGCGGACCAGCAAACACGCCCAGUCAUUCGGCACAAAGAGCAUGCCUCAGCACACCUCAGCCAGCCAGGACCGAGCGGUGUGGCUCACGCUGCUACACUUCCUGUCCCAGCGGCAGCAGACCCCCGUGGUGGCCUUCACCUUCUCUCGGACGCGAUGCGACGAGAACGCCCGCUCGCUGGACUCCAUGGACCUCACCACCUCCAUAGAGAAGGCGGAGAUCCACUCCUUCUUCCAGAAGAGCCUCAGUCGGCUGCGAGGAGGAGACCGGCAGCUGCCGCAGAUCUUGCUCAUGCGGGACCUUCUGAAGAGAGGCAUCGCCGUCCAUCACAGCGGGAUCCUCCCGAUCCUGAAGGAGGUCAUCGAGAUGCUUUUUUCCCGAGGUCUCGUAAAGGUGCUGUUCGCCACAGAGACAUUUGCAAUGGGAGUGAACAUGCCCGCCAGGACCGUGGUGUUCGACAGCAUCAGGAAACACGACGGCACCGGCUUCAGGAACCUGCUGCCAGGCGAAUACAUUCAGAUGGCGGGCAGAGCAGGAAGGAGAGGCCUGGACGCCACAGGAACAGUCAUCAUUUUGUGUAAAUCGGGCGUUCAUGAGAUGGCCGAUCUGCACGCCAUGAUGAUGGGAAAACCCACCAUCCUCCAGUCCCAGUUCAGACUGACCUACACCAUGAUCCUGAACCUGCUGCGGGUCGAAGCGCUCCGAGUGACCGACAUGAUGAGGAGGAGCUUCUCUGAAAGCCACAGAGACACUCAGGCGCAUGAGAAGAGGAUCAGCCACCUGAAGCAGAUGUUGGCGUCUCUUCCUCCUCUAGAGACAGAGGGCCAGCUCUCUGAUAUCUUGCCUUAUUAUCAUACAGCAACGGAGAUGCAGAACACCAGAGAAGCCCUGCAGAAAGCCAUCCUGGAGUCUGUGAACGGACUCAAAGCGCUGUCUGUUGGCCGAGUUGUCAUCGUCAACAACAAGCAGCAUCUUAACGCGCUGGGAGUUAUUCUACAGGUGUCCAACGACGCUGUGAAUCGCACCUUCAUGGCGCUCAUUAUCUGUGAGAAGGGGAACGAGGAAGUGGAUAGAAAGGCUGAGGACAACGCCGCUUUCCAGCACCUGUACAACACAGCUCUGUUCAUACCUGAAGGUCCAUGCAGCCACACGGUGCAGAAGUUAAAACUUCAGGACAUAUCCGCCAUCACAGUGAAAACCCUCAAAGUGAUUUCCGACAGAAUAAUCGAUAACUACAACAAGAGGCAACAGCCGCGGUUCAGGGCCGAACCUCCCGGCCAGGCCAUCUCCACGGCGACGCAGGAGCUGCUGCGCCUGGCCGAGGCCAACCCGGGCGGCGUGGCCACCCUGGACCCGGUGAACGACCUCCAGCUGAAGAGCGUGGACGUGGUGGAGGGCUCCAUGAGGCUCCGUGUGCUUCAGGACAGCCUGCGGGACUUCAACUGCGUCCACUCGCCCACCUUCGCAGAGCAGUUUGCUCGUAUUAAGGAGAGGAUGAGCGUUCAGGAGGAACUGGACCGGCUUCUGUUCCUGGUAUCGGACCAGUCCCUGAUGCUGCUGCCUGAAUACCACCAGAGGAUCAAGGUCCUUCAGUCGCUGCAGUACAUCGACAGCAGCGGCGCGGUGCAGCUCAAAGGCCGAGUGGCCUGUCAGAUCAGCAGCCACGAGCUGCUUCUGACCGAGCUGCUGUUCGAGAACAUCCUGAGCCCGCUGGCGCCCGAAGAGAGCGCCGCCCUGCUGUCCUGCCUGGUCUUCACCCAGAACACGCAGACGGAGCCGCACAUCACCAGCACUCUGAAGGAGAGCAUCGACCGCGUGCUGUCGGUGGCCCAGCGAAUCGGGCAGCUGCAGCGGGAAUGUGGGAUAGGACAGACGGCCGAGGAGUUUGUAGGCCAGUUCAAGUUCGGCUUGACUGAGGUGGUGUACUGCUGGGCCAGAGGCAUGCCGUUCGCUGAGAUUGCGAUGCUCACAGACGUGCAGGAGGGCACGGUGGUCCGCUGCAUCCAGCGCCUGGACGAGGUGCUGAAGGAGGUGCGGCAGGCCGCCCGCAUCGUGGGAGACUCCGUCCUGGGCAGCAAGAUGGAGAAAGCCUCGUUGGCCAUCCGCAGGGACAUUGUCUUCACCGCCUCCCUGUACACCCACUGAGAAAACAAAUCUGAAGGAAGGACGAGCCAAUCAUGUAAAAACUGGACAUACAAGUAACAGGAAUGUUUGUGUCUAAAGCAAGUGGAAGCUGAUGUUUACAUGGAAAUCUGGGAGAGAUUUUAAUUAACAGACCAAACACUUUGGGAACAAGACAUGGAGUUUGGGUUGUAAAUUAUUGUACAGAAUUAAAAUCUGUUCCUAAACUG